CACGUCAAUGUGCUCUCAAAACAAAUACGCAGAGUGCAUGCUAUACACAAAUACGUGUGCUUCGUAAGUCUCUAUUGUUUAUGAGUCCCAUUUGUAAUUACUACAGCAGAUUUCCUAGUGGAAUCCUAGUGGAUUUGCUCUAGUAUUACGAUAAAAGAUAUUUAACACUACCAUCCCACCCGAAGCCGGCUGUUAGCUAUAAUGGAAGUAGAUCGCGUUGCAUCCGAUUCGGAAAACGUGGCGGUUGAAGAGAAUGAAAAGCAAGUGGUGGAGGGAGCCGGGGACGCUGUUGUCUCCCAUACGGAGAAAUUGCGCCGCAAACACAAGAAAUACGCACGCAGCAACAGCAAGGAAGGGCCGAGCCCAGUAACAACUCCGCUCCCGAAAUAUCGCAGUUGGAAAAAUAGCCGUCGUCCCCGCAACGGUCAUGGCAGAGGGCUGCCUAAGAAAGGCGGUGCCGGAGGAAAGGGAGUCUGGGGUGCUCCCGGCUCUGAACUCCUCGAGGAGUACGUGGAAGACGCCAACGACCCCAACUACGACUCGGAGGCCGUCACUAAUGGCGACGUCGAGUUCAAACAGGUGAUAGUCGAAGCUGAUCCGGAGGAAAUCGUGCGUAAAGCGGAACCGGUGAUAUUGGAGUAUUUCGAGCACGGCGACACUAACGCGGCCGCUGAGGACUUUCUGGAAUUCGUAACGUCUUCGAGGAGUCACCUGAUAUGUGAAACUAUAAUAGAAAUAGCGCUGGACCAUAAACUGUCUCACUGCGAAAUGGCUUCCGUUCUCAUAUCGGAUCUCUAUGGAAGACUUUUCUCAGCCAAGGACAUCGGUUAUGCAUUUGAACGACUCCUGGACAAGCUACCCGAUCUGGUCCUCGACACGCCGGAUGCGGCCGUCUUGCUGUCUAACUUCAUCGCGCGAUGCGUGGCCGACGACUGUUUACCGCCAAAGUUCGUGCAGACUCGGGCGGGACUAGACCUCAAUCCGCCGGCCAGACAAGCAAUUCACAGAGCGGAGACGCUGCUGUCCAUGAAGCAAGGGCUGGUUCGCUUGGACAAUAUUUGGGGAGUUGGCGGCGGUAUUAGGCCGGUGAAAUCACUUAUAAGACAAAUACAGCUGCUACUGAAAGAGUACCUGACAUCCGGCGACCUCGCCGAGGCGAUGCGCUGCGUGCGCGAGCUGGAGGUGCCGCACUUCCACCACGAGCUGGUCUAUGAGACAGUGUUGUUAGCAGUGGAAAGUAUCAAUUCGACUGUUGAAGAACAACUCUGUACGUUCCUAGCUGAGCUGCGUAGAUGCGUCAUCGUAACACCAGAUCAAAUGGAGAGGGGCUUCCUCCGUGUGCUGGAGGACAUGUCCGACAUUGUGCUGGACGUGCCGCUGGCCUACAUCAUGCUGGACCGCUUCGUGGAGCGCUGCACGGCGCGCUUCAAGCUCGCCGAUAACGUGCUGGCACGCAUGCCCACCAGGGGUCGCAAACGUUUCGUGUCGGAGGGCGAUGGUGGCGCAAUCAAGGACCACGCUCUCAAGCUGCGCGAGUAGACCGACGCGUUUCACACACUCACAGACAUACAAACAUAUUAUGUAUUACAUAGAGCCAAUAAAUUUAUAACAGAUCUCAGAAGACAUAAAUGGCAUUAAGAUUAAUUAUGUAACAAAACAUGCUGAUUAUAUUCUUUUCAUGUUUAAAAUGCGUUUGUAAUUUAUAAUCUUAUGUUUAGAAAUCAUUGAAUUUUCCGUUACGAUAUUCUUAAUUCAAAUACAAGUAAAUAUGGUAAAGGUACUAAUGUUUGGGGCUUCAAUUUUUUUUUUUUUUUUAAUUCUGAUUUUGUUUGUUUUCAUUACAUUAUUAAAACUCCUAAUUUUUCUGCCUAAUGAUUGUAAAGUUUAAAGUCAAAAUCGAACCUGUGAAUUUUACGCUAGCAGUUCAUAGUACAGAUAUGUACAUUGUGCAGACAGUAUGCAGACAAGGCUAAUGAAUAAACUCUAUAAUGACGUAAUUAAUUAAUUAAAUUAAGCGAGAAACCUAGACCGUAUGAAAAAGUUAAUACUUAACUAACACGAGCGUUGGAAAGAUUAUCUGUUUGAUAACUCAAAAGGUAAUUAAUCAGUCAUUAAUAGUCAACAAUCGAUUCUAAAUAACGAUACACAAGAGGUUUGUUUCAAAAAAAUAGCAACGCCUCCACGGAAGUGAGGUUCCUAUAGGCGCGUGACACACUCAACAGAAUUUUAAUCCCGGUAUGUGCACUGAUUCCAGUAUUCCAUUAAGUACGAAAUACAGAUUGCGUAAUGCAAUUUUGAACAAAAUAAUAUUUAGAUAUUAUAGUAUUUACGCAUGUGUACUUAUCUGUAAACACUUACGGUGUCCCUUAUACAUUUUUACUUAACUUUCGAUUAACAAAACCAUUGUUUUGUAGAAAAGGAGAAAUCAGUGUUUAACUAAACUGCCGUUAUCAACGUUUAUAAGUAAGGCUGUUAAGUCUUAACUUAAGAGGAGACCUGGCUGUGUCGAAUUUGCUUUCACUAGUAGAUUUUUAUUAGACACUGUGGACAAAAGAACUAGCAUCACAUCUCAGUAAACAAUGUUCAACUCUUAAUUUUUUUUUUUCAUUUUUCCUAAUGGUGCCAACAUUUGUACCUCUUACCCAACAAGAUACGAUUUUUAAAAACUGAAAUAUCAAAAUACUAAAAAAAGCAGUUCUUUUUAAAAUAGUUUUUAUAUAUAGAACAUGAAACAGUACGUUAAUAAUGACCUUAUACAUAUAUAAAUAGCAUUAUUUUGUUAAACCGAUAUUAUAUAGUCUGUGAUGUGCGAUGGCGUGAAAAAUCCUAACUUGUCAAAUGGGACAUUUUAAAUAUGGAACUGCGCGUCAUGAUAUGAAAACAGAUUAAGUAUCUUUUUUUUAAUUUUUUUUAAAUUAGUAAGAUUUGACUUAGUCAAAGUGAAAUCAUCUCAUGUCGUAUAUACGCUUUGACAAAUAAGCUCCAAACCUUCUCAAAAAGAGGAGAGGAGGCCUUUAGCCCAGCAGUGGGACAUUCACAGGCUGUUACGGAUUACGGAUUGGUAAGAUUUAUUAACUAGAAAAAAAUAGUUUGUCGUUUUUUAAGUGGAAUUCAAGUGAAACCAAUUUUACUAUAUAUAUAUAUACUUAAUGUUUUUUCGUUCUACAAUUAAAAUAAAAUAUAAAUAUCAAAUCAUGAAUAUGUACGAAAGCGGUUUUACCGCGCAAUCCGUUCCAUAUUUAAAAUGCUGAUGAUAUUUGUAACGGUCAGCAAAAUGACAGUGACUUUUAAAAUAGUUAUAUAUUUAAGUUGCGUAUCCUUUAAUUGUUCGAACGACUUUAUAGUCGUUUAGUUAAGAUGUUUAAAAGUCUAUUUAGCGAGACGGUGUUACAAAUAAUAUAUGUAUAUAUAUUUUUUUAAUUAUUUCAGAAACGCAAAUAUUGUAAAAGAUACAAAUAUGUAGUGCCAUUUUUAUUACAGUUUAAAAUAUUAUGAAAAAUUACAUAUAAAGUAGAGGUAAAUUUACUAAACCGUGCUCGCUGACUUUAAGUAAGUUUUUUUUUUUUUUUAGUGGGCCUCUUUUAAUAUUGUGUAUUUGCUUCUUUGUCAAAAUUUAAUCUCAUUAGAUUGAAUGUAGUUUAAAAGAAAUUAAAACGCAUGACAGACAUUUUUACAGAUGCAAUGCAAUGCAAUGCAAUUCAAUUAUUCACUCUCACCUGAGGCUGUUUAUAGUUUUUUAAGCUAAUGUGAAAUUUUGACAUAGAAGCAGAAUUUAUUUUAAUCUGGGGGAGUCCCCGGCUUAAACAAGCUUGGUGCCUGAAAAGGACUGAUUGGAAUGCUGUAUUUGUAUUCGAUAAAUUUGUGUGAGUGAUCGAACUGUUGAGAAAACGGGAAGUUUUUUGACUCUGUAAUAUCUUGAGUAAAAGUCUUAAGCCGCGGCGAGACUUGGGGCUUAAUCUCACAAGUGUAGGUCUAGCUUUGAGGUUUCUUGUUACAUCGUAUCAGUGUUUAAAUUUCAAUUAAUCGAUUGCGGCUCAAUGUUAGCUUCUAUAUUUUCGGACAUUUUAAUAAACUUAUAAAAUAUUGUAGUUUUUCAUCUUAAAGAAAUGUCUUAGCAGUUAGGUUAAGGUGACGAGAUGAAAUAUGUUACCUAAAGAUAUUCCAAACGCUUAAUCGGUCGCAUCUAAUGGCUGAAGUGGUGAACUAUUUGGCAUUAAGUUCGUAUUCAUAUAUUUCUUACGUUCUAUGUUUAUUGAGUUCUAUUUCAAUUGAAAACGAAAAAAUAGAUGAGAAGUGCCCGCUAAUAUUUUAUUAUUAAUAUAUUAAUGUAAUUUUUCUGUCAAUAAAUCAAAGAUCAUUUUGACCGGAGCAUCGUGAACUAGACUAUGUUAAAGUCAAAUAUUGUUUCGCGCCCUAUUUUAAGUAACACCUUUAUAGUAUUUUUUAAUGACUUUACAAUCGCGCUUAUCAUCGUUUUAAAAAUACUUCUACCGGAAACAAUAAUAAACUCAUUAUUUGUUGCCAUUAAACUUAAAAUAAAAAAUCUAGUACAGAAUGUGACAAUGAGUAGUGGUUCAUACCUUCAGUGUUGCCACACUAUAAUUACAUUAAAAUGCGACAAUGACAAUUGUUAUAUAACCGUGUUUUUGUACAAAAAUAUUUUUCAUCACACUACCAUGUAUACGUUUUAAAAUGUGAAACUAUCUUACAUUAUAGUAACCUUUGGUAAAAAAUUGCCAAACAUACUAAAGCGUCCAGAAAAAUGAGAUUGGGUAAAUUUGUGUUGUCUACACGUGUUAGUAACUAAAAAGUUUUCAAUAAAUUCAUCUAAUAUUGUGUAAGUGAUGAUGGAGUUUCUGAAAAUUAUCCCGAAAUUCAAUAGAUAACACACGGUUAGAUUGAUAGGUUGGUACGCUUGUACACUAUCUAAACUAAAUAAAUGUGAGAGCAUUAAUAUAUUGCUAUCUCUUUCAUGGGAUAGAAUAAAACUAAAAGCCAAAAAACUUAUCUGAACUCGUGUGUAGCUGGCAUUAAAUUUAGUGUUGCUAUUAAGUAUUCUUCGCAAAUCUUAAAGAUAAAAAGCAUAAUAUUUUAUCAUUAGAUUUUUUUCUAAAACUUAAAAAAACAAUAAUUAAAGAAAUCUCUACAUGGCAAUUGUUGGAUAGGAAAAGAAAACGAUUCCCUAAUAUUUACAACUUCAAACUGACAGCUGUCAAUGCCGUUUUGACGUUGCAAUCGGUCCGUCAUGGUGUCAUUUUAACAAUUCCCGGUUCAGAUAAGCUUGCGGCGCUUACUUUAGUUUAGAUUGUGUACGCAAUAUGAUUUGAAUAGCGUUAUUCAUCGUGUUGUGUAUAUCAGUGAUGAGUUUAAGUGAAACAAAAUUAAUGAGAGAAGUUAAUAAUAAAUACGAAUGGUUGGUGUAAAAAUAUUGUCUUUAAUGCAUUUAUUUUAUUGUAUAGAUAAGUUUGAUUUGCCUGCGGUGAUGUUGAGUGUUGAGCUACACGUGUAUAUAUUUCUUUGAAGAUAUUAAUAAAUAACCCGUUCUACUUUA